GGCUACAGUGACUGUCAGCAUUUCUGUCACCUCGUCUUCCAAACUCCCAGGCGAUGGUGCCGAACUCCGGCUGAUCCUGGUGGGGAAAAGCGGUGGCGGGAAGAGCGCGACGGGCAACACCAUCCUCGGCCGGAGGGCAUUCAAGUCCAUCUUGACAGCCAAGAUCACCACCCUGAGGUGCCAAAGGGAGCAGGGCAGCUGGCAGGGCCUGUUUGACCAUGACGACUACACAGAGGAGGUGCGGCGGGACAUCCUGGCUUGCCUUCAUCUCUCCUGGCCCGGCCCCCAUGCCCUCAUCUUGGUCACCCAGGUGGGACGCUUCACCGCCGAAGAUGCCGUUGCGGCGCAAUGCGUCCGGGAUAUCUUUGGGCCCGAGUCCACCAGGCACACCAUCAUCCUCUUUACCUGCGUGGAGGAUUUGGGCGGGGACUCCCUGGAGGAGUACGUCCGAAACGCCGACAACUGGAAUCUGCGCGACCUGAUCCGGAGGUGCGAGAACCGCUUCUACGGGUUCAACAACAAGGCCGCGGGAGCCGAGCGGGAGAGGCAGGUGUCGGAGCUGAUGGCAAUGGUGCAGAGGACCGUUUUCCAGAAUGGUGGGCAAUACUAUGUCAACAGGCUGUACCUGGAGCCCAACGUACGGGAUGAGCACAUCCGGGAGUUCAUCGAGCAGAACGGCAAGUCAUCCCAAAGCAUCGUCAACAUGCUCUUGCUCUGCACCCUUCCAUUCUCGUUCAUCUUUUAUGUUGGCGGAUGGGCGUUGUCCUGCCUGAAAAAUGUCGUUGUCGUGGCGUUUUCCUGCCUGAGAAGAGGACUUGUCGCUGCGUUCCGAUACUUCUUCCCUUAAGCGUUCGAGUCCUGACUUCGUUUUGUCUCCAGGUCAC